AUGGCACAGAUCAGGCUCGGGCAUACUCUCAGUGAUGGAGAAAAAGAUUUUGUUGCCAUCAGAAAGCGUCUUAUUCGACAAUGUCUCGCCAGGCACAAGAUUACAUGCACUUUGGAUGAGGUUCCCAACAUUGCCAUAAUAGGAUCUGGUGGAGGUGAGAGAGCCAUGUUGGGGCUGUUGGGCUCUUUGUACCAAAUGGGAAACGUGGACCUUCUGGACAGCGCCAUGUACCUAGGUGGGGUGUCAGGAUCAACAUGGUGCAUGUCCUCCAUUUAUGAGUGUCAAAACUGGUCCUCCUGUGUUGAGGAUGUGAAGGAUAAAGUUGUCAAGAGGAUUUCCUAUGACAGUGUCGGCAUGUUUGCAAGAGUGAAGAAGCUGGUGAACUAUUACCGCAGUAGAGACCACUUCUCUUUGACGGAUGUCUGGGCUGCGCUGGUUGUACCCUUAAUUGUAAAAGAAAUAGAUGAAACCAACCUGUCAAGACACCGGGCUGACCAUGACAAGGACCCAUAUCCCGUCUACACUGUGAUUGACCAGGACAGCAAAUAUAAAAAGUGUAAUAAAGAGUGCUUCUUUGAGCUAACCCCUCACGAGGCUGGAUACUCCAUAAACGGUGCUUUUGUGGACAUCGCCAGCUUCGGGUGCAAAUAUGACAAGGGUGUUUGUCAAAAGAAACAACCGGAAAUGGACAUGCUAUACAUUCAAGGUCUUUGUGGAAGUGCUCUUGCUGACAAGGAAGAGAUCCUGAAGAGUUUGGAUGAGUGGCUUGAGAGGAAAUCCGUCCAAUCUUCCCAUGGACCAGGACACGAGAGGUUGAUGAUGGAAAGAGAAGGUCUGGAUGUUCUCCGUAGCCUGGUGAAACUGAACCUCGACAUUUACAGUGGAAAAAACUGGAAACCUGGGUUGAGGAAAAUGAACUCGCACCUCCGAGGGAGGAUACACUUACGGGGUCACAUGCUACAAAUCAGCGAAGAUUUUCGGGGGCAGUCAGUCAAUGAAUACGUUGAGAGACUCAACUCGGAUGUGUGCCAGUCCUUUUUCCACUGGUACAAGGACUUGGAAAAUGAUGAACAUAAAGCUUUUGUAAAAUCCCUGGAGAAAGUCACUGAGAAGCCAUCGCAGAACGUCUUUACUCAUCUCCUACCGCACAACAGAGCAGCAGCUGUGGAGACUGCGCCACCUGCCAAGAAGAGAGACGUCCUGCAGGUUUACAUCGACAGGAUCAGACGUGAGUUGGACCAGACCGGUGUGACCAGUGACGGCCAAAGAGUGCUGCUCAUGACGGUGGAAUUAAUCCAGUGUGUCCUCAACGGUGAUGAGGGGACUGUUUUGGUGGGCAGUCUGAACAAGUUGCUUGAAGGAAAGAGGAAUCUCAAAGGUGAAGAAAUGGAAAUCAACGUGGCUCAGUGGACACAGGGCACGCCGAGCUACCGGGAGCAGCUCGCCCUGAUGCACACAUUGCACGUCUGCUUCUCCAUCUUUAGCUGGUUUGACGACCUGAUAUACGAGAUCUGGAAAGGAAUCGUGUGGUCCAUAAAGAAAGUGGUUGAGAAAUUACUGAACGGGACCUGGAUUUGGGGAACCACUUACAAUUUCUUGUAUAACAUAAAAGUUGAGAAGCUGGAUGAAAGGAUCCAAACAAAUCCCAUACGGCACUUUGAGGAUGCCGGCCUUCUUCUGAACUCUCCAUACUUAUGCAUGCUGAGGCCUGAGAGAAAAAUAGACCUCAUCAUCUCCUUUGACUUCAGUCAAGGGAACCCUAUGGAGACGGUGGAGGAAGCAAGUACCCGGUGUAAGAUGAUGAAGAUCCCCUUCCCGGAGGUUCACACCGGCAGUAACGACGUCACUGCACCGAAGGACUUCUACGUGUUCAAGGGCACCGGCAGAGCCCCGACAGUGAUCCAUAUUCCUCUGUUCAACGUUCAGAAUUGUGGUAAUCAGCUGGCCUGGUGGCAGCAGCAGUACAGUACGUUCCAGGGGGCGUAUAGCCCAGACAUGGUGGAGAAGUUGGUGGAGAAGGCGGGGGAAAACGUCAGAAACAACAAGAAGCGCCUUUUACAGGAGAUCAAGUCCAUCAUCAGCCGGAAGAAGGCCGCAGCUGCAGCAGGCCAGUGA